UCGACGCCAUAUUGGAGAAUCUUGAAAACCACACAAAUUAUUAUCGAUUAUUUCUAUUUGAAAUCAUCACCCCAGAUCCAAGAAUGCCAAAGUCAAAGAAAAGAAAGAAGAGUUUAAUUGGAUACAGACCAAAGUUCCAUUACCAGAAAGGGUCUUUGCCUGAAAAUAACACGCACAGCAGUUUUGCCUUGUUGUAUCAUGACCAUUGUUAUGGUCAUUCUGCCUGUCCAUCAACAGAUCUAGAGUUCACAGUGGACACAGAAACAGCAACAUCUUCAGACAGAACUGACGCUGACCUGAAAUCAGAACAGGUUGAUGUACCACACUCAAGUGCAGAUGUUGAACAAUGUUUAGAUGGUCACAGUCAUGAGAACUGUUUGGAUUCCUUCAGUUUUUCAGCAGAAAUGGACAGUAAUGACAGUGCAAUAUCUGUGGAGGAUCAGUCAGUGUUAAAUGAAUCCAAAUUAUUACAAUUAGACCAUAGCAAUACCAAUAUACAACAUCAACAUGACCUACUUGAGGAUCUAGACAGUUCUGCCAGCGAACCUGUAGUUGAUGAACCUGUGAAUAGUUAUGAGAGCUUAAAAGAAAAGUUAACAGAAGUGGUUGAAGCCCCAUUUGUAAUGAACACAACUAACGGUGACAUCAGGAUACUAGAAAUUUACAACAGUGGUAACAAGUCACAUGUCAAGCUGGUGGUCCUGAUACAUACGGAUUACACAGCUACUAUAUCUGUUCACCAAAGGGAAAUUCCAUCCACACAUGAUUUUUGGAACGAUAUGCCGCCAAUAUUUGAUUCGACAUCAAAGAUUUUGCUACUUUUGACAAAAUUACAAACAUUCUCUGUGUGCAUUGGAAAUACUGAUGAGGAGUUCCAAAGUCUUGUGCCAGUUGGAGUAGGUAUCUCUGAUGGGGAAGAUCAUGGAUUAAUACCCGGGCAAGUACUGGCGUACCGAGAAGGAGAUUUUUGUGCUUCACAAGGAAACCUCACCUACCAUUCAACAAUUAGAUCUUCACGGUGUAGUAUUCUGAUCCAUCUGAGGUCACGAUGUGUGAAGUGCUCCUCGUUCCGAAGAAACCUAAGGAGAAGGAAGCAGAACCUUCAAGGAAAGGAGAAUGACUUUCUUUCCAGCAAUAUCAGACACUCCAACAUGACAACAGAGAUGCUGAAAGCUAAACUUGGCGAACAGAAGAAGAAGAUUAGGAGUCUGCAAAAUGAACUGGAUACAGUGAAGCGUAGGUUUGACCGAGAAAUUCUGAAGAAAGGUGUUCCAUUUUGAUGCCAAACUGUCUGCAGCGGUUGUUUUGACCUAAUGGUACUGUCCUCAUUAUUUGAAUCCAAUAUAAAGUGAUUCAAUUAAUAUAAUUAAUUAUACCCCCGCAACAAAGUUAGGGGGUAUACUACUGGAAUCAGGUUGUCCGUCCGUCUGUCUGUCGACGCAUUUU